UAGAGUCAGUUUUCAUGGCAACGAAUGAAAAGCGGUGAUUUGUUAUUAAAAUGGCGGCUGAGAAGGCUUUAGAAGAGCAAUGUCGCAAGAAAGGGAUCAAAAGAGCAACAGAUGUUGAAGAACUUUAUUUAGGAAAAAGCAAUAUCGAAGAAGCUCCAAAUUUUGCAAAAUUCAAGAACUUAAAACGGCUUUGGCUAAACAAGAACCAGCUUUAUCGAUUGCAAGGAUUGGAGUGCAAUUACCAUCUGACUGAGCUUUAUUUAGAAAACAACAUGCUUACAGAAAUCAACGGAAGCAUCCAGCAACUUACUUGCCUGCAAAUUUUAUUGCUACAUGGAAAUCAACUUCAAUUUUUAACUGAUGUUAUUCAUGAACUUAGAUACAUGCAAAGUCUCAAAACACUCAAUCUGUUUGGAAACCCACUGGCACAAGAGUAUGGUUAUAGGACCUACACUAUUUUCAGCAUACCAUCACUUCAAUUACUUGACAGAAAAGCUAUUUCUGGGGAGGAAAGGCAAAAUUCUUCGAAGAAAUAUGAUGCAGAGAGACAGCGAAUGAAAGAUUCUGUUGCAUUUUGGAGACGAGCUGAUGACGAAAGCACAGCAAACCAAGCACGAUAUUCUACCUCAACUUCUUGCUUGCGGACAAAUAUGACCCAAAUAUACAUUCCAAAACACGUGAAGUAUGAGGAGGAGCUCGCAACAGAUACUUCAAGCAACGAGCAAAAGCAAAAUGGUGACAGCACUGCAAAUACAAAUGAUCAAAAAAGUAAAAGAGCAAUAAUGCAGCUGAACAGGUUUGGGUGGAUAGACAUUCUAGAGGCGAGAACUAAGUCGAAAGAUGCCACUCCAGAACCUUGCAUAUACACAACAAAGUUUAGAUGACGUCAUAGUGGAAAUUAGUCGAUAUAUAUAUCAGUUGCUUAUUUGUAUGUUGUUACUCACACCCUUUGAAAGAAAACCCACAUAUUCUGGUAUUUUCUAUCAAUUGUUAGCGAAAACUCCUUUGUGAGACGUGUUACAGCAGCAAAAUCAUUUCUCUUAGAUGAUUUUAGCUCCUGCUAAGUAUCAUUGGGAAUUUUUGCUUGCUUGUCAACACGUUAUUUAUUUUUUCUAAUUUUUGUAAAUAGUAGAUCUUAUUUGAUUAUCUAUACUCACUUGUA